AUGGCGCCUGUUUUUUCUAAGCAGCCGCUGAAGACUGUGGCCAAGGUGGGCUUCCAGCUGGCGACUCCUUUCUACUUCCUCUACCUAGCUCUGCGUAUGAGCAUCUCCUCCCUUCGCCAAGACUCCCGCUGGUCCAUGAAGGAGGCAAUCGUCAAUGCCUUUUUCCGUGCCAACUUCCACUUGUUGACCGCCACACGGGACCAGCUCGAGGAGCGAACGACGCCCGGAAAGCUCGGUGAUCAAUAUGUCCGCAUUGAGCCUGCCGAUACCAAGUACCUCAAGGGCGCCCUCACCCCCGGCGCGAUCCAGCCAAAGAGCUUGCCUGGUGUCUGGUUCCCUGGUCCACCAUCGGGCGAUUCGACAGAUGAGAAGGUUGUGAUCUAUUUCCCCGGAGGAGCCUUCGUUGUCGGCUUCGAGGCAUCUUUCCUAGGACCAAUCGUUGCCGAUGGCCUUACAAAGGAACUGGGUGCCACGAGACUGUUGUUUGCUCAGUACCGCCUGGCGCGUGAUGAACAAUCCCGAUUCCCGGCUGCUAUUCAAGAUGCUGUCACAUUCUACUCAUAUGUUCUCUCCCAAGGUGUAAAGGCCUCCAACAUUAUCAUCUCUGGUGACUCCGCUGGUGGCAAUGUGUGCCUCGGGUUACUCCGCUACCUUGAAUCCGAGCAGAGUGAGCUACCAAAGCCUUCUGCUGCCCUUGCCUGGUCUCCGUGGGUUUCCGUGCCAACUGAUGCCGGAGCUCAGUUCGCCAAGCUGCCAAACGCGGAGAAGGAUCUGAUCUACCCCGAAUUCCUUCAAUGGGGCGCCGAUUCAUACCGACCAGUAUCUCAGCCGGACGAGGAGGCCGAGAGUUACCUCGAUCCGCUAAAGUACCCCUUCAAACUCACGGUGCCGCUGUUCAUCCAAGCUGGAGGUCUGGAGGGAUUCCGGGAUCAGAUCCACCAGUUUGCGGAGAAGAUGACCCAGGAGAAUAGGGAGGACCUCGUCAGAUAUCACGAGUCACCACUUGUGGCUCACGACCUUGUCCUCCUCCACGGCCAUAUUGGAAAGACUGAGCUGAAUCAGACAGCUGUGAGAGAUGCAAAUGAGUUCAUCCAGAGUACAAAGUAA